CUGUUGCCACGGCAACCACUUGAGAACUAGCACCAAGCGGAAAUGAAGCUGUGUGAUGCAGGACAAGAACAACACAGUCCUACAAGCGCGAUUUAAAGUCAAAUAUGGGGAUUACGAAGUUAGCGGAUCUAAUUCACUUUGACGCGCCAGACUCUAAGUGCAACAAAGAGAUCGGCGAUUAUUCUGGGAAGAUUAUAGCACUGGAUACAUCUAUUGUGGUGAAUCAGUUUCGCUCUGCUCUCCCCAGCCAUCUGAAGCUAAGUCCUCUCACAGGCUUGUUUUACCGCACUCUUACUUUCCUGGAGCAUGACAUCAAGCCUGUCUUUGUGCUUGAGGGCAGGCCACCCAAUCAGAAGAGAGCUGUGCUGGAAAAAAGAGCUCAAAGCACAGGCUGGAACAGCUCACAGAGCUCCAGCACAGUGUCCAACUUUAAACAAGACUGCCAGCGUCUCUUACAGCUCAUGGGUGUGCCGUGCAUCAAGGCUCCAGGGGAAGCAGAGGCGCUGUGUGCCCACCUGGUCAAAAGUGGCACAGUUCAUGCUGUAGCCUCAGAGGACAUGGACACACUAGCAUUUGGAGGAACUGUUCUGCUUCGCCAGCUCAAUGCAAAGAGAGACAGUGAGGUCACAGAGUACUCCUUACCAAAGCUAUUGGAAGCUCUACAGCUGACAUAUACACAGUUUGUUGAUCUGUGUAUCUUGCUGGGCUGUGACUACUGCGAUAAGAUUGGGGGUCUUGGGCCGAGUCGAGCACUGAAGCUUAUUAAACAACAUCAUACAAUAGAGGGUGUGAUGGAACAUGUCAACAGAAAGGUGCUUGUUCAGAAAGAAAUCUUACAAGCCAAAGAAAUCAAGCACUACACACCCAGCUGGUUUUUUGAAACCCCAAAAAUCGACGACCCUGUCCUGGCCUGGAGUGAGCCUGAUGAAGAGGGCCUGGUGCAGUUCCUGUGCAAAGAGAGGCCUUUGAAAGAAGAAAGGGUGAGGGGACGCAUGAAGAAGUUUCGUGAGUCUCUCUUCAAGAGAAGGAAGCAGAGGGAGGUGGAUGAGAAAAUGGGCCAAACUCGACAGUCACGUAUUGAGGAAUUUUUCCGUGCAACACGGAGGAGAAAGGCUGAGUCUGCAGCUGUGGGAGCAUCCAGUGGGAGAAAGCGACCAAAAAUGAAAUAAUAUGGACCCUUUUGAAUCUUGAAUCUUAAACCACUGAUUAACCAUCAUGUAGACAGAAGAGUCAAAAGUAUGAUGGCAUGCAUCUGUUUUAGAUGCUUCAUUUACUAAGUUUUUUUUAUUUUGUUCAAAUGGCAACAUAAUGUAAACCCAGUGCCAAGAAAAUAUAUGUUUUUAAUGUUUUUGUAUCAUGUACAAAAAAACCUUUAGGGUUACAGAUUACUUCUUUUUAUUUCGAAAAAUAUACUGUGUUUCAUUGUUGUAGUACUAGUGUGGUUUGUAUUUAAAGGAAUAGUUCAGCCAAACAUGAAAAUUAGCUGUAAAUUUCCUCACCCACAGGCCAUCCCAGAUGUAGAGGAGUUUGUUUCCUUGUCGGAACAUAUUUGGAGAAAUUUAGCAUUACAUAACAUUAGUGGAUCCUCUGCAAGUGAAUGGGUGCCGUCAGAAUGAGAGUUC